CCAAAUUUUGAAAAAUAUUAGAACGAAGUAUUUCAAUCUGCAGAUAGUUUAUACAGACAAAAGCAUUAGAUAUUUUCCUCUAAGUUCUGAUCCUUAUGUUGACAGAGAUGGAAAACGUACAUCUCUGGUCAUGGUUGCUGAAAAUCUCAGCUUAUUAUGACAUAGAGGGUAUGAAGUCAAUCUCCAUUUGUACAUUUCAAGAUUUGGUUAGUGUCAACUCUACCUGCAUUUUGUUCUACGAACAGAAUGCGGUUGUGUUUACGGGAUUUGGACAUCUUUAAAUACAAAGUUUGUCUUUCUGUUCAAUUUUAAACAUGUACAAUAGCAAAAAAAAAUAUCCACUUUUGCAGUUCAGACAGCAAUAAACAGACAGAGUAUCAAAGAAUAAGUGAGAGAAACAGGAAUUGAUACUGUGAGUCUAGUAAGUGUUGGUAAGAAAUUAACUAGCAAAGGAACUCAUUUCCAUUCCAAAAGGCUUGAAAUUGUCUUUCUACACAACAAUCUUCCAGGAGUUGGAAGAAAAAAACACGCUAGGAGGAAAAAUGUGUAAAAACUGGUUGAUGCCUAUUCCAUUAUCUUCAGCCCUCAGGAGUGUUGUAAUCUAGAAGUAAGAUCAAUGAAUGCAUCCUCUUUGCAAGGAAUUGUUAGACCUCCAAGUUCAUGAUGGUGACCGAGCUCUUCUACUCGGUUGAGUAGCUGUUGGAAUGAAGGAUUGUUCAAAUAUGAAACAAGAACCACAAAUCGCUUUCAUUCUUUGGAUACUUCCCACAUACUGCAACAUAACCACUAGGAACAUGACUUUGUCAGGUCAAACAAAAUUUCUAUUUCCAUCCCAUCCUUUCUCUUGCAUCCCAUUUGUGUUUGAUAUGCAACUUGCUAAAUCAUAGACCUACAUGUAGUUAAAUUCCCAAACAACACCGUGCUUGUUCCAAUGGAAUAAAGCAUCAAAACAGAUGGCUUUGUAAGGAAAAGUUAAAAAUAAUCCAACAUAUCCUUGUGAUUGGACCUCCUUGCAAGAGGAAAUUGCUUCAUCAUUGGCCCCAGCUUCUAGGUAAGGGGAAGUCAAUUCACAUGUACCAAAUGCUUUAAAUCAUAUCAUACCAACAUCUCACCUAUCAUUUGAUUCACAGCUUGGUUUGUUGAGUUUAUAUCACGAGGAUUGGAGUGCCUACACAUGAUAUGUUGCUAAUUUAUCUUCCAAGAUAUUGAAAAACUUGUGAAAUUUUUCUUGGCCUCUUGUAAAAGGAAAAAGCGGGGCCAGUGAGAAAGUGACUGAAAUUCUAAUGGAUAGAGCAAACCCAUGUGAGCCUUUGAAGAAGUAGGUCCUCCAAGACUACUAUUUACAAUAAUUUUUUUUUUGUUCUCUCCAGUUCCUAGUCUAUAAAUACACAUCAGAAACAAAGCCAUUCUCAUCCAACGAGUACUCCAUUUCCUACAUCAAAAUCAACAUCAAGCAGAAUACCAUUCAAAAUCACUCACUCGUCUCUUAUUUCGAGGAAAUUUUCAAUAUGGGAAUCCGCUUGCCAUCAGUACUUCUCAAUGCCAAGCAGAUUCUGAAAGUUCAAGCUAUGUCUGCCAAAAAUCAUUCUGACGUUCCCAAAGGCCACAUUGCAGUCUACGUGGGAGAGAUCCAGAGAAAGAGAUUCGUAGUUCCUAUAUCCUACUUGAAGAAUCCUUCUUUCCAAGCUCUGCUAAAUAGAUCAGAAGAAGAGUUUGGAUUUUGCCAUCCGAUGGGCGGCUUGACAAUUCCGUGCAGAGAAGAUGCCUUCGUAAAUCUCACUUCUAGGCUGCACAGAUCAUGAAAGUUGAAUAUACAAAAAGACAGCAUUCUUUAACACAGUCUUGCCACCUCCAAUUCUAGGAAGUAGAGUAGAAUGAUACUGUAAAGUAACUUGGUUUGAGCAAUGAAAGUAAAUUUUUUCUCAUCA